CAACGUGGGUGCGCCUGUCAGCGACGCCAUACAUUUAGGGCCAUAGUCACGUGAGAUAACACGCCACUAGAGCAUGAUGAACAAAGACGCAUCCACUGGCCUUCCACACUGUGGACGGUGGUCAAAGUCGUCCACAGUAUUCGGGAUAUAAAAAUGCGUCUCAGUGUCCGUUGAGGCCGCCACAAAUAGUUCGCUCUUCCUCGACUCCAGUCAUACUCUCCAUUAGAAAAGAUGUCCACCACAACAGGUAUGACGCACUGCGAUAGCGCCACUUCGACGAGCAUCACCGAUGCUCUGGCACUCUCCUCUACCGACAGACUAACCCCCGCCGAACGAAAGGCCUUCGGUAAAUCAGAUCGCAAAGCUGGCAAGGUCCUCGGCGUCACACUCACGCGCAAUGACAUGGGACAGGUACACCACGAUAGGAAACUUUCUCCAUGCCUAUCAGAAGAUCAAGAGAAUGUCCAAGGUGAUAAUAUUCUCGAGGACAUUAAGGUCACAGGUGCAAAGCGUUCAUGUAGCCGCAAUGCAAGCGCCGCCACCAUCGUUGGGCCACUUAAGGACCUUGGCCGCGUGCUCGCUUCAGGUAUAGGGAUGGUAGAGAAGCGGAACAAGGGGCGCAUGGACGCUGGGAGAUAUAAGCAACGCGUUGUCUUGGGCCUCAUGCGGUCCAAUAAAUCGCCUGGCAAGGAAGGUAAGGAAGAACUACCGACUGGCGUUAGCGACAACAAGGCAUGCUCGCUCCCGGAACUAGACGAGAGUGAAGAUACCGAAGCGCCUCUGAGGCAAAACGAUCAAGAGGGGGAAGACGACUUAUCUAUCGGUUUCCCAAGAGGCCUUGAUGUCGAAAACUCGUUGGCUACACCUCCGAGUCCCGCCCUCGAGCGACGUGUCGAGGAGAUACGGCUUAGCGAAACGACUGGACCCUUGGAUGUUUCGCCGUUUACAUCUCUCUGCCAUACAACUAAUUUUGAGGUAUCAUCCGAUGAAGAAAGUCCGGUACUCUCCUCUGGCGACUCGUUCGACGACAUGCUUCGUCCGGCGGAACGAGCUUACCUCGACUUUUUGAUUGGACAGAAUGAAGCGGAAGAGCGACCAAUCAUGGAGAUGAGAAGGGAAAGCAGGGCAGCGUUACGAUCCAGGAACAAGAUACUGGAUGUGUUGGGGCCAGAGGCGCGACAAGCGAUUGAUGAGCAAUGCUAGACACUGCUAGCUGAAAUCAUGUAAAUUUAGUGUGCCUGUUUCCUCGGGUACUCAUAUAUCAUCCAAUCAGUGACCUCGGACGCCAACUUUUGAGAG